AUGGCGUCUCGCGGAAAGAAAGGUCUCCGACCUGAGGAUCAGCAGCGCCUGAUGGAUGAAUAUGGGAUCUCCUUUGAUGGGCCCUUACUCCCUCGUGACUGGCCUAUUCAGCACAGAGAGAACUUUGCCAAGGUCCGUCAGAUCAAACAAGUGACCUACGAUGAUUAUGGGAGAGACGGCAGAUCAGAUCACCGAUUGACGGUCUUGUCCACCGUUAUGCACAUCAAGCAAGAGGCCGCCAAGCUCCGUAGCGAGGCAUAUCGGUGUCGUAGGCAAAGGGUUAAUGAAGAAACGUGGAGGUGGUCGACCGAGAAUUUUAUUACCUCCAGGUUUAAGGCCGAGGUUGUAUGUCGGAAAUGCCGCAGGCGGUUCUGGGACGCGGAUUUCCAGGCUGUGCAGACCGAGUGGGCUGCAGCAGCUGAAGAAUUACGAGAAAGACGCGCGAAAAGGUUACCAUGCACUUGCAGCAACGAGGAGCGGAUGUUAGUUGAUAUUCAUGAAGCAGGCUCUAACCUUUUGUUUUCAGAUCGGUCGGGAACACCGUUCCUAUAUCAUAGUGAGGAUCGCCGACUCCUUGAACAGGGCGUUUCCCAGAGACAUCCGGAUCGCAUCAUCGGCCUGGAGCAUACCGCCAGCCUGAAACAACUGUUACCCAGCUCCCAGUCGCUGAGACACAGCCCCUUUGUGGAUGGCCAUGUGUCAUAUCCCUUCGUUCUAAUUGAAGCAAAAUCGGAGAAAGGCAGCCCCGGGUUUGAGUCGGUCGAACGACAGAGCGCAUUCCCUCUGAGAACGUUGCUGAAGCUCCAGCAAGACUUACAACAAGUGAACCAUAUCCCCAUCAGUCCGUUGGUAUGGUUCAUGGCGAACCAAGGGGAUGAAUGGCGAGUGUAUGCGUGCAUUGUUGAUGGGACUAGAUAUAGAAUUAUCGACUUAUGGCACGGAUGCAUGCUUUCACUUGAUGAUGCCCUGCAGAUGUUGCUUAUUGUCGAUCACAUAUGUGAUUGGGCGCGAGAUAUUUUUCGACCAAAUAUCCUCCGCUGUCUCAGUGGCCGCGAUGACGUUUGGCGGGAUGAGACGCCUCUGUCUAUGUACCCUGACUGCCCGCCUAGCGCUGACCCGAGGUCAGAUACUGCGACGCUAACAUCUCUUCGGUCUAUCACCAGACGGACUCAUAGUUUGUCUCUAGACCCAGCCCCAAGAGACUGGCAAGUUAAUGGCUCUGCCGGUCUUCUAUCGAGAGACUUCGAGGACCGUUCCGAUAUCGUAUUCAAUGAGGAACCUCAUCCGUAUUUACGAUACUCACAAAGCAGUACUCAUUUGCCUCCUUGGAGACAGCAUGCCACCAUUCGUCACUCAGAUAUGGUUCAUUUCUCUUUCCACAUACUAUCUAUCCCGGAAGAUUUGCCCCAGAUUCGAAAGACGCUAGAAUCGCUGGGUGAGCCGAGCUCGAGCUUACACGACACUUGUUCCUUGCUACUACAGUUGAUGGGAGAUGUCGAAAGCGUCACAGUCACCAUGAAUGCCAUCUACCAACUGGAGGCGAUGUGGACAGACCGGCCACACUGCCUAAAUGCUCUUGCCGAUCAUCCCGUCCGUGCUCGGGUUCUAUUCAAUACCUAUCUCCGCGAGGACUGGCAAGUGGUUAGAGAAAUCCAUUGCAUCGUCGCAUCUCGAUUAGCCCUCCGCACACUGGCGCUUGUGACCACCGGCAGGAACCCCGUCACGCCACACCUCGGCAGUAUUCCGGACCUUAUCGUUGAGACAGAUGGGGUGCGUGCCCUCCGUCGCUUCUCGGGUAGCGAGUCACUGGCCGCCGCUCUUUCCGCGGCGUAUCUGCGUCUCGUUACGGAUGUAUCUGAAGCCACGGAGACCAAUUCGCGUUGGGUCCUGCGCGGUGUGACUGAAGAGAACUCGCUGUUCGAUUUUGAAAAGAAAAUCGCGUACAAGCAAGCAGGCAACCCAACCUCGGUGAAAGAUGAGGCCAUUGCAUGCGGUUCCAGCGUACCCAUUGAACUUAAGUGUCUGUAUGGCUCGACCCAAAGGCUGGACCGUACAGGUGCCAUUCUGAUCAAAAGGCCUCUUUUUUGGACCACAGAGUCGCCAGAUUUCUGCCUCAUGGUGCUGGAUGGCACAUCAUUUACGGAUCCAAUCGAACUUGGCCGCAAGUUAUCACGCGCCUGCGAAGACGAGAAUAUAUACAUUACAGGCCCGGAAAAGCGAAAGCGCGAACACCCGUUAUCAGAGCAUGAUCAGUUUGGUAUUUUACGCUGGAUAGAGAUACUCUCAGGCCGACUACCAGAUGAUGCACCAUGGUUCACUGACUAA